AUGAAAAUUAAAGACAGAUACGGAGAAGAUGGAAAUUUGAGUGAUAUGAACACUUUCAGUAUUUCAGACAAGAUUGGGUUUGCCUCAGCUGCUACCACAACCUUUCAGAUAAGUGAGCCUCGAAGCCAAAGAAAGCCAUCCACAUGCUGUGCUCGGUCGGCCCUUGCUGUCUACCUGCUGCUGCUGACGGCUGGCCAGGGGCUGCUGGUGUACAAAGUGUUCAAGAUGCAGAGAGAGAUACUGAAAUUUCAAGAGCAAAAUACCUCCUACACAGAAGAGAUUCUGGAAAGCUCCUUUGCCAACAAACAGUUUUUGGAGAGAAACUCUACAGAGAAGCACAUGGGACAUGAAGAAAACUGGAGGAGAAUCUUAGAAAAAGAAAUCACCAUAAUCAAAAACAGCAAUGCAGACCUGAUGAUGAUGAUGAACAACAUUACCUUGGUUGCAGGGCCUCCUGGACCCAAAGGAGAUCCUGGUCCACCAGGGCUACAGGGACCACCAGGGACAAAGGGAGACCAAGGAAUCCAAGGCUUACACGGAUUGCAGGGUGAGAAGGGGAGUAAAGGCGAUCCUGGUCCUGCCGGCCCAAGUGGUGAACCAGGAGUGAGGGGAGAAAAAGGAGAGAUGGGGCUUGCAGGUCACCAAGGACAGAAAGGCGAAACAGGCGAGAAAGGAGACCCUGGGCCCCGUGGACCCAUGGGUCCUCAGGGACAGCAGGGAGUUCCAGGACUGCCGGGUUUCAAUGGUAACAUGGGGGAGCCUGGACGUCCUGGGCAGAAAGGAGAGGCAGGUGUCACCGGACAACGUGGACCUGUGGGAACUCCUGGCCUCGAAGGCAGACCUGGUCCAAAAGGGGAGAAGGGGGACCAGGGGCCCAGUGGUAGUCCAGGAAUACCAGGCAUCGCAGGACCUAGAGGUGAAAAGGGAGACACAGGAGGAACAGGUCUUCCAGGGCAAAAGGGAACAAAAGGAGAUCAGGGCCCACCAGGCACCCCAGGCCAAACUGGUGAAAAAGGAAGCAAGGGUGAUUAUGGCAGUCGUGGUCAAAAAGGUGACCCAGGAGUAAAAGGAGCCAAGGGAGACCGUGGAUUCCCUGGUUCCCCAGGAACACCAGGGAGCAAAGGUGAAAAGGGAGAAGGAAACUUCAAUCUUUUUGUACGCAUCGCGGAAGGGGGCAGGAGGGGCCGCGUGGAAAUCUUUCACCAAGGGUCCUGGGGAACCAUAUGUGACGACGGCUGGAGCACCCAAGACGCCACUGUGGUUUGCCGAAUGCUGGGAUACAACCGUGCGGUCUCCGCUUUCACAGCUUCAGCCGGCACUGGAAAGAUUUGGCUUGAUGAUGUGGCUUGCGCUGGGAGUGAAACUUCAAUUUUUGACUGUCCAAAGCCGGACUGGGGGGUGAACAACUGCUCCCACAAUGAGGAUGCCGGGGUGGAGUGCGUUUGA